AUGGAAGAUCUUUAUGAUGAGUUCGGUAACUACAUCGGCGAUGCCGAGUCCGAAGACGAGCAACAUGAAGCAACUCAGGUUCCGCAGGUGAACUUUGAGUCAGAUGAGGAGGACGAAGAAUCUGUCAAUGACCAGCAAUUAAUGGAAAUUGAUGAUGGACCUUCAAACGCCGUCAUCUUGCACGAGGACAAGCAGUACUAUCCUAGCGCACAGCAGGUCUACGGUGUCGAUGUCGAAACCCUCGUUGAAGAGGAAGAUGCGCAGCCGCUCUCGGAACCGAUCAUCGCCCCCGUCCAGCAGAAGAAAUUUACCAUCCAAGAGACCGAGCUUCCAGAAGUCUACUUCUCCCGACAAUUCAUGUCAGAUAUGCUUAACCAUCCAGACCAGACCCGAAAUGUUGCGUUGAUGGGCCAUCUACAUCAUGGAAAGACUGCGUUUAUGGAUAUGCUGGUCCAACAAACACACGACCUUUCGGAACGACUCGAACGUCAGACAGGCAAACGAAGGGACCAACAGUUGCGCUACACAGAUGUCAGCUUAUUGGAGCGAGAGCGGGGUCUUUCAAUUAAGGCGGCACCGAUGACCCUAGUUCUCCCAGCCUCUAACCGCAAAUCCCAUUUAAUCAACGUCAUUGACACACCCGGACACGUGAACUUCGUCGACGAAGUGGCUGCUUCACUUCGUUUGGUCGAUGGUGUUGUCCUUGUUGUGGAUGUAGUGGAAGGUGUACAGCCCAAUACGGAAAACAUCAUCAAACAUGCAGUCAUUGAAGAUAUCCCCUUAACAUUGAUUUUGAAUAAGGUGGAUCGCCUCAUUUUGGACCUCAAAUUGCCGCCGAAUGACGCAUAUUUUAAACUUAAACAUGUGAUUGAGGAGGUCAAUACGGUGAUUGAAAACGCCUUGCCUGGUCAGGGAGAGCAGCGAAGAUUGAGCCCCGAGAAGGGAAAUGUCGCGUUUGCUUCAAGCUCGAUGAAUUGGUGCUUCACAUUACAGUCCUGGGCACUCAAGUACAGUGAAACCUAUCCUAAACUCGACUCGUGUGAAUUCGCUGAUCGGCUGUGGGGCGACAUCUUCUACAAUCCCCGGAGUCGGAAGUUCACUCGCAAAGCCAUGGAAGAGAACUCCAAGCGAGGAUUUGUCAAAUUUGUGUUGGAGCCAAUCUACAAGCUCUACUCUCACGCCAUUAGUGAAAGCCCCAACGAUCUUGAAAUCACACUGGCCAGCGUAGGUAUCCACCUGAAGCCCUCGCAGCUGAAAUCGGGCGCAAAGGAACUGUUGAGCAUGGUUUGCAGUGAGUUCUUUGGUGCUCCUACCGGAUUUGUCGAUAUGAUUAUCCAGCAUAUCCCAUCUCCAGUCGAAGGGGCUCAGAGAUUUUCGGAGCAUUAUUACACUGGCCCUCUGGAUUCCAAGAUUGCCGCUUCGAUGGUCGCAUGUGACCAGGACGGCCCCCUCGUGAUUCACAUCACCAAGCUUUUUAGCAGCCAAGACGCACAGACAUUCAAUGCGUUCGGAAGAGUGCUGAGUGGUACUGCUCGGCCUGGUCAACAAGUUCGCGUCUUGGGUGAGGGAUACUCCCCUGACGAUGAGGAAGAUAUGGUCAUUGCGACUAUCUCCGACACAUAUAUUGCGGAAACCGCCUACAACGUCCCAACUGAUGGUGUCCCAGCGGGCAAUUUGAUACUUCUCGGUGGUGUGGACAAUUCCAUUGUGAAGACAGCAACUCUGGUGCCUCUCAAGUUGGAGGAUGAUGAAGACGCUUUCAUCUUCCGCCCUAUUAUGCACAUGACUGAAUCUGUGUUCAAGGUUGCGGUGGAGCCAGUCAAUCCAUCCGAAUUGCCCAAGAUGUUAGAUGGUCUGCGCAAGAUUGGCAAGAGCUAUCCUUUGAUCACUACCAAGGUUGAAGAGUCAGGUGAGCAUAUCAUCCUUGGCACAGGUGAGCUUUACAUGGACUGUGUGCUACAUGAUCUUCGACGACUGUACGCCGACAUGCAAAUCAAGGUCUCAGACCCAGUUACUCGUUUUUGUGAGACAGUGGUCGAAACCUCGUCGCAGGUGUGCAUUUCUACCACCCCUAACAAAAAGAACAUGAUUACUAUGCGAGCGGAAUCUUUGGAUGAUGCGAUUGCUCAAGAUAUUGAAAGUGGCAAAGUCAACAUCAAGGAUCCUAUCCGCAAGGUAGCUCGCUACUUCGAAGAGACCCAUGACUGGGACAAGCUCGCUGCCCGUAGUAUUUGGGCCUUUGGUCCCGACGAAAUGAGCCCCAACAUCCUUCAAGAUGAUACAUUGCCGUCGCAAGUGGACAAGAAAGUACUUGGUUCCGUCCGAGACUCAAUCACUCAAGGUUUCUGCUGGGGCACCCGUGAAGGCCCCUUGUGUGAAGAACCUAUUCGUAACACCAGGUUCAAACUUACUGACGUGACACUUGCCGAACAAGCCAUCUACCGUGGUGGCGGUCAGAUCAUUCCCACGGCUCGACGUGCCGUUUACUCUUCUUUCUUGACGGCCGCUCCCCGCCUGAUGGAACCGAUUUACGCCUGCACCGUUACAGGCCCUUCCGAUACAGUUGCCGCGGUAUACACUACUCUGUCUCGCCGACGAGGCCACGUCUUAUCCGACGGUCCUAUUGCUGGCACUCCUCUUUACACUGUUCGUGGUUUGAUCCCGGUCAUUGACUCAUUCGGAUUUGAGACAGAUGUGCGUAUCUUUACUCGAGGUCAUUCCAUGGUCAGUCUAGAGUUUGAUAAAUGGAGUGUGGUUCCUGGUGACCCUCUCGACCAGACAAUCGAGUUGCGGCCCCUGGAGAUCGCUACUGCUAUGGCCACUGCGCGUGACUUCAUGCUCAAGACCAGAAGACGCAAGGGUUUGGCGGAGGAUGUGUCCAUCAAUAAGUUUUUGGAGUCAAUGCCAGAAAUAUAG